ACAACAUAUGGUGAUCAUUUGGGAAUGGUUACAGUUUAUUUUCCAUUAUUUCCUACAUACUGGACCUUUAAAAUUUGGACUACAAAUGGACAGAAUUUAGAAAAUAACCUAAAAUAAUUGAACAUAAACAGUAGUAGAUGAUCUUGCCAAUGGAUAUAUGCCAACUAUAUGGAAGAAGAACAGAAAAUAAACAAGCCUGGAAUAACUGCUAAUUUGGACUAACUGGACUACUCAAAAAGUGGACAACAAGCCCAGAGAAAGCAACCAGCCUUCAACAAGAAUCAAAUCCGAUCAGAAACGACAACAUUUUCGAACAGCAGCAAGUGACAUACUACACCAAAGGGACAAUACUACUACAAGGUAAUGAGACCAGCCUGAUAACCUUUGAGGAAAUGUUCCCCAAGCUGAAAGCAGAGGUGGCUAAGGAGAAAGGCUGUGCUGCUGUAGACUCUUCAGACUCUGAGGGAGAGAGCACAGAGGCACAGCCCCCUCUGCCCACAGCAGCCCCUCCCCCUCCCCCUUCCCCUUCUCAUGACAGGCACCUGAGAGAGAGCCUGGCUCUGUUGGAGCUGGACUUCACUGAGUUUAAGGAGCAAACACAGGCCAAACUCCUUGAGUCUAAUAACACCAGCCUGGUCCAGCAUCUCAGAGAUGAGGUCCAAUCACCUCUGCAUUCAGGACAGCUCUGAAGCAGGUACAAGAUGACAAUAAAGACUUAAGGCAACAAGUACUCAACCUAAAAAAACAAACAGAAAGCCAAAAAAUCUCCUUCACCAGACAGCUGCAGCAGCUCACAGAACACCAGGAUAACCACCAAGCCUAUGCACUCCCAGCCACACAGACCGGCGUGAUAGUCAUCCAGAUGCACAUACACCCAUCAAAGAACCAGCAAUACCCUCAAGCAGACCUGCACUGUCCAAUGCCUCACCCUCUCCCCACAACACACCACCAGAUGCAUCACCCUCACCAAGCAGUCCAGCAGAUAAUCGACCGCAGGUAGUCCUACUGAUGGACUCAAACCGUAAAUUUCUGGACCCUCAGAGGUUGUUUCCAGAUCACCAGGUCCUACUCAAACACUGCAGCACAUCUAAGCAGGCAGUACGACUGCUGGGGAAAAAGACUAGGCAACCCACAGGUGAUAAUUAUCCACACUGGCACCAACGACCUGCGCUCCUUACACAGUACUGCUGAGGCACUAUGCAACGUAGCAGCGAAGGCCAGUAGCACAUUUCCCAAUGCACGCAUAGUCAUCUCAACACUUCUACCCAGAUAUGACGCACCACCCCACAUUAUCAAUGGCAUCAAUGCGGAUAUCUUCAGAGGAUGUGCAGCCCUUCCCAAUGUGCACAUGGCACACCACCCCACCAUCAGCCUGAGGGAUAUGUAUGACGGGAUCCACCUACACAAGGACAGGAUAGGAACCUUUGCAAAAUCCCUUAAAGACUACGCACUGGAUCGCAACCUUAACACCCCUCUAUAUGUCCCGCCACCACAGCAUCAACCACCAUUCCCACCCACUCGUCAUGCCCUACAUAUUCGGGAGGAGAGACCAGCAGCCCCUCACUCUCCCACCAUGAACCAAACGAGGAGAACCACACACCCACCUCCCAUGCAAAAGAAGCCCAGUGCCCUCGCUACAAGGAGACCCCCCCAAAAGGAAAGGCCUCAGAGCUAUGCAGCUGCUGUAGCUCAAACAACUGCACCUAAACCCACAGAACUGAGAGAAAUUAAAGACAUACUGCACUUGCUAUGAAGUAGACUUCUAGGUGACAGGUGACAGAAUCCCCCUACUAUGAGGAAGAAUACAUGGACAACCUUUACACAGAUAUCAGCCAUUUCCAGGCCCAGGGGAAUGUGCUGUUGUGUGGGGACCUAAAUGCCAGUACCGGGUCUGAAAUAGACUAUGUAGACCCACAAGUUGUUGAACGAAGGCAACACAUGACUUCUGUCCCCGAGCCUGAGGAGGGGAUUUUGAUUAAACUGAAAUUCUCUGAUGGGCGAUUGCAAAGGAGAAGAUUUGAAACACAUCAGGACUUAGUAGCCUUUGCAGGGAUGGAUGACAUGUCCAGUGAGGUGUUCUCCUUGCAACUGGCUAUGUCACCAACUCCCAUCCUCAGCACUUCAACUGGGACUCUUGCGGACAAUGGAAUCCAUGAGUCUUGCACAAUGUAUGUGCUGUGGAUGGCAGGACACGAAGUAGAGGAAGUACUGGAGUCCCAGAGAUCCCCUAUUCGAAGUAGGCCUACUUCUCCUCCUCAAAUGGAGUCAUCCCCUCCUCAUAGCCCCUUUCCUUCCUUGGAUACGGACACUCUGACCUCCCCUCCUCAUAGCCCCUUUCCUUCCAUGGAUAUGGACACUCUGACCUCCCCUCCUCAUAGCACCUUUCCUUCCUUGUAUGCGGACUCUCUAACCUCCCCCCGCCGUAUGACUUCUCCAAAACACCCUACUCACAACAUUUCCCCAAUCUCACCCCAAUUGAGUGACAUGUUUGAAGACCAUGUGGUGGAUGUCACGUCGAAUGAGGUUGAUGCCUGGGUUAUGUUAAAACAUCUGAAAUCUAAGAUUGAUUUCACCAGCUCUCCAAGUGCAAAUCUGGUCAACGUUUGCCGCGAUGAUGUCCUAGGAUGUGCCAUUAGGGCAUUUCAGCGGCCCCUAUUCGAUCCUUGCAGGAAAGUCGAUAUAAUUUUCGUUGAUGACUGGGACCUGAGGUGCGGUGGAUGAUGGCGGCCCAAAAAGGGAAUUCUGUCGACUCCUCAUGAAGGCAAUCAGAGACAGUGCAAUGUUUGAAGGACCUGAAAAGGACAAACAUUUGUCCUUGGACUUACAUGCUCUACAAACAGGCCGGUAUAGGCUGGCCGGUCUGAUGAUGGCAGUAAGCCUGCUUCAUGGAGGUGUUGCACCGCAUUUCCUGUCAAGAAAAACAGUAUGGUGGCAGGAAUAGUGACGGAAAAGGGAAGCAUGGAUGAUAUUGCCAACAGUGAGCUGAGGGAGAGACUAGAGAAGGAUGAUUGAAGGUCUGCAAACAUUUGGUUUGGUAGAGGCCAUCAGAAGGAACCCAGCAGAAAUGGAGGAAAUAUUUAUAAAUUCAUCAAGACCACUGAAGGCCACAGAAAUAAUAGAACUGUUUGUGCCAACUUUAAGUCCUCGUGGCGGCAAUCAGCGGCAGGAGGAAAACAGAACACUGGGCUUCUGGAGGGACUGGCUGGUUAAUGUGGAAGGUGGCUUGUGUGCCCCUGUCACACUGGAGAUGGUGCUGGUGUUCACUUCCGGACUAGACUCCCUCCCACCUCUGGGAUUUGAUACUACCCCUUCCCUCCAGUUCCACAACAGCCAGAGGCCGCUACCCGUGGCAAACACCUGGAUGGAAGUGGAUGAAUUGUGGCAUUGUACAGGCUCCCACUUUUGGUCUUGUUUAAGUUAAAUGUGAAUCACACUUAUGUUUUUAUAUCACACUUAUAUUGUAGUUGUUGUGGUUUUUUUGUUAUUUUUUUCAUUAUUAUUGCAUUUUGUACUUUUAAAAUGAUUGCACUGUAGCAUCAUAUUGUUGCAAAUGUGAAGACUGACACUUGUUACAUUCAGUCGCAUUGUUACACUUGUUACAUUGAGUUGCACAGUCUUGUA